GACAAUUUUGAAUACGAAAUAAAUAUACAUAUUAUAAAAUAAAUCGCACACAGUCAAAAUGAAUAGUAAUAUUACUUCACGUUUCGAUAUGGCCGCAGAGAUUGCGACCAUAGCAUUGGACGAAUUCAAAUCGCACCAUGUGCAUCGAAACUACACUGGACUGAUACAGCGUUACUAUCAUUUGGUCGAGCAAGAUUUCGGUGAUCCCCGCGCCACACGCUUUCCCCUCAUGGAGCAUCCCCUUUACACAUUCGGUUUAGUUGCCAUCUACCUGUCUUGGGUCCUCGUAAUAGGCCCCAUGUUCAUGCGCGACAAAAAACCAUUUCAACUGCGACGCACAUUGGUCAUCUACAAUGCCUUUCAGGUGGCGUUAAGCGCAUACAUGUUCUACGAGCACCUGAUGGCAGGUUGGCUGACCAAUUACAAUUUGAAGUGUGAACCCGUAGACUACUCAGAUAGUCCAAUGUCGAAGCGGAUGUUAAAUCUGUGCUACAUUUACUACCUCUCGAAACUGACCGAAUUCGCUGACACAAUAUUCUUUGUGCUGCGGAAAAAAUCGUCACAAAUAACGUGGUUGCAUGUGUAUCAUCAUUCGGUGACGCCACUGGAAACUUGGGUGUUAGUCAAAUUUUUGGCUGGUGGCAAUGCGACAUUCCCCAAUCUGCUCAACAACUUCGUGCAUGUUUGCAUGUAUUUCUACUACAUGAUGUCGGCCAUGGGGCCAGAAUAUGCCAAAUAUCUGUGGUGGAAGAAGUAUAUGACUGAACUGCAAAUCGCUCAAUUCGUGCUCUGCAUUGUGCACACCACCCGCGCUCUCGUCAGCUCCCAAUGCCAAUUCUCGAAAUUCAUAUCCUGCCUGCUGUUACUCAAUGCUUCAAUUUUCUUCUGCCUCUUCAUGAACUUCUACAUGGCCAGCUAUAAGAAAUCACAAAGUCUAAAGCUGAACAAUGCCGCUAUGGUGAAUGGUGUGAAUGGUGUGAAUGGCGUGGUGCCAAAGCAAAAUGGUAACUGCGCGUUAGCAACGAAGAAAAUUGUAGAAAUGAACAACAACACCAUGGAAACGAUAGAUGCAAUUGGAUUAUUGGCGUUGAAGGAAAAACUGAAUUAAAUAAAUCGAAGCCAAAUGGAUGAAGACAAAUAUGAAGUUGCACAAUUGUAAAUAAAUUACCUAGGGUAUAUAUGUAUGUAUGUUUAUACAAUUAUUUGUAAAAAAUAUUUACGUGCAGCAUAUAUUAGUACCUUAAAGUAGUCUAUUGUUGCAUGCAACUGCUUAUUGGCCAUAAGUAGCAGAGAUAUUAAUGUGUUUGUUCAUUUGUUUUGUAGAAGAAGAAGUGUGGAAAAUAUUUAUGUAUGCAAAUACGUACGUACAUAUAAGGUGAAAAUAUGCGAUUUCAAAAGAAUCGAAUCUUUUUUCACCCGCCUUAGACUUGAAAUUUUGCACCAGGAAUUAUGCACAAAGUUGUUUUUUGUUUUGUUUUUAGGUUUUCAAAGAAAGUUCAUUCCCACUAAAUGCACCGGAAAAUUAAUAAAACAGCGAAAAGAAAAAAAAAAACUGUUUGUAAAUAAAUAAUGCAUAGCUCCUUGCGACUGAAGUGAUAUUAAAGCUGUACUCUCAUACCACAUGCAGAUGGAGAUGCUUUGAAGAGUGUGCUAAAUUUCAGUUUAUCAAUGUAAGCUCAACAAAAUUUGAACACUUAACCAAGCUCAAGUCAAAAUUAAAUGUUAGCCGUCAUUGUGUUGCUUUAUAUUCUUAUUGCCACAUUCAAAUAAGUUUCAUGCUUGUAUGGAAUGGCCCUGAGUAUGUAUCAACAUUAUGACUUCACUCGACUCAAUUCGACUCAAACUCGAGAUACAGAUACAUAAAUAUGUAAGUACGUGAUUCGACUAUGAAUGUAUGUACACUCCAUAAAAGUAAAAGUUGGCUUAAAAACCAUGCCGUUGUAUGUUGUUUUCCUUUGAAUUUAAACUAUCGUGCUCAAGGAAAAAGCUCUAAAC